AUGGCGUCCUCUUCGUUAUCAUCAGGAGCGCGCUCGUCCUCCAAUGCUGGAGAUGUUGGCUACUAUCCCAACCCAUCUCCGAUUCCUUACCGUGAGCACGCGCUAGCAUAUGAGCCAGCUUCGAAUUGCUGGUGCGAAGAGAAAGGGGCGAGGAGAAUCUCUUGGACCAACGCUAACCCUGGUCGCAGGUUUCUGAACUGCCAAAAAUCUCGUGACGGAGGUUGCAAGUGGUUUGAGUGGUUUGAUGACCCUACUACACCAUUCCUUCGCCAACUUUUGGUCGAUUUGCGUGACACGGUGCACAACCUGCGGAGGGAGAACGCUCGGCUCAAUUGA